GUCUGGAUGUUUGGAUCUUACAGCGAUGGCUUUCUACAAAGUGAUGUGUUUGGCUGCUGGGCUGAUGCUCCUGACCCAAGAGUCUGAGUCACAGCUGGAUGUUUGUGGUCAGCCAAAGCUCAACACCAGGAUUGUAGGAGGACAGGUGGCCCCUGUUGGCAGCUGGCCCUGGCAGGUCAGUCUGCAAAGAUUUGGGUCCCACUUCUGUGGAGGAUCCCUCAUUAACAGUCAGUGGGUGCUGACUGCUGCUCACUGCUUUCAAACCAUUACUGCAAGCGGUCUGACUGUGAAUCUGGGCCGUCAGAGUCUACAGGGAUCUAACCCCAAUGCAGUGUCUCGAACAGUAACACAGAUCAUCAAACAUCCAAACUACAACUCUGGUACCAACGACAACGACGUCUGCCUGCUGAGGCUCUCCUCACCGGUGACCUUCAACAACUACAUUUCUCCCGUCUGCCUGGCAGCUUCAGACAGCAUCUUCUACAGCGGUGUUAACAGCUGGGUCACCGGCUGGGGCAACAUUGGAGAAGGAGUGUCCCUUCCUUCUCCACAAAACCUGAUGGAGGUGGAGGUUCCUGUUGUGGGAAACAGGCAGUGUAACUGUGACUAUGGAGUGGGAUCAAUCACUGACAACAUGAUCUGUGCCGGGUUAAGUGCAGGAGGAAAGGACUCCUGUCAGGGGGAUUCAGGAGGUCCAAUGGUGAGCAAGCAGAGCGGUCGCUGGAUUCAGGCGGGAGUCGUCAGUUUUGGGGAAGGUUGUGCCAGGCCGAAUCUUCCAGGAGUCUACGCCAGAGUAUCCCAGUACCAGACCUGGAUCAGGACCCAGAUCUCCUCCAACCAGCCGGGCUUCAUGGCGUUCACGUCCACUGGGACCGACAGUGACCUCAGUGUCUCCUGCACAGGACUGACACCAGUGCCAACCACCACCACCCCUCCAACCACCACCACACCUUCAACCACCACUACCACACCUGCAACCACGGUCUGUGGACAAGCUCCAAGGAAUUCUCGCAACAUGGGGGGACCCUCAGUGGUGGCUGGUUCGUGGCCGUGGAUGGCGAGCCUACAGAAGAAUGGAAGUCACGUGUGUGAUGGGUCUCUGGUGGCCUUGGACUCAGUGUUGAGCAACGCCAACUGCUUCUCAAGCUCCCCUGUAGCGUCCGAGUGGACUGUCGUGUUGGGGCGUCUGAAGCUAAAUGGAUCCAACCCCUUUCAGGUGACGCUGAAUGUGACAAAUAUCACUCUGAGCAACACGACCGGGACCAACAUAGCCAUCCUCCGUCUAUCUGCCCAGCCCACCCUGACCGACUACAUCCAGCCCAUCUGCUUGGACAACGGGAGAACCUUCGCCGAGGGCUUGGCGUGCUGGGCGGCCGGUUGGAGUCCUGGAAGAGGAGGAGCUGAGGAAGUUAUGCAGCAGUUUCAGACCUCGGUGGUAAACUGUGGGAACUCAUCAUCGAGUGAGAGCAUCUGUACAGACGUGUUUGCACUGCAGCAGGGUGAUUCUGGCGGGCCGCUGAUGUGUAAGCAGGGCGGCUCUUGGUUCCAGGCGGUCGUGUUAACAGCUCCAAGCUCCUCUGCCGGGAGAAGACGAAGCUCAGUCAUGACCUUCACCAGACUGAGGACCUUUGACUCCUUCCUGUCUGAGACGGUCAAGUCACUCUUGUCUCCAGCCUUGAAUAUCACCAGUGCCAACUCCGCCAACCCCACCAAUGUCUCCGUCACUACCACUACCAGCAGUACCUACACCACCACAAUGGUUACCACUACUACUGACUCGAAAAGCGUGUUCAACAGCAGCGAGGGUUGUCCUGCUCACUCCUUCAUCUUUGUCUUCUUCCAUCUCCUCAGCUUCGCCUUUUGUCUCCAACUCUGCCUUUAG